AGCUUUUGACAGGAGGACUUGUCGAAUUUGAGAAGACCGCUGGUUUGGUGUUUCUUGAUGUUUUCGUGUGAAUAAAGUCGCGUUAAAACCGGGCCCAAGUGAGAAACACUGAAUUGUGUUCGUUUCGUACGUGUCAAGGGUCAAAUGUCCUCAUUAAAAAAAUUACGAGCGGUGACAGAGAAGCUGAAUGUCAUCAAUAAAUUCUUGCGUCGACAUGGACGUUGACGGUCCAGUCAACGGUUCCGGCACCCUGAAGAGGUGCUCCAGUGCUCCUAUGAUUAAUGAGAGCAAUUCCAUCAUGACCACGGCAACCCCAUCCGGAUCCGCUGCCAGGGAUCAACAGACUUUCAACCUGUUCGGGGGCAGCACGCAGCCCAGGACGAGGAGGUUCAGUGCCAGCUUUAGUCCAGUGCCUGGAUCUCCUGUGUCGGGUCUGCGCCUCACGCCCCGCAUCAACCAGCUGCGUCAAGAAGAGCACGCCGACGUGAGCAACCUCCGUGAGCUGGCCCACGAACGCGAGAUCCACCACACGAUGCAAAUCUCCCAAUCAUGGGAAGACCUAAAUCUGAUGAACGAAUCUCACGGCGACUCCAAAUCGAACAAAAUGGGUCCAUUGCACGUCAACUUGCCACCGUACAGCGGCCUCAACUGCAAUUCACCCUCGCCGACCCGCCACAGCUCGCCCGGCUUCCAGAGCCCGACGCGGGCCUCCCGCACCCUCAUCCGACGCAGUGCCAGUCCGGUCCUGCGGCCAAGCCCUCUAGGCGUCAAGCGGAAACUGGACGAUGAGAAAAACGACUAUUAUGUGAGUCCCAGGGCGAAACGUUUCCACAGUUACUCGGCUGUGGAUCGUGGGGGCCUGCUCACCACCACCCCCAGCAGUUUGCCGGGCUCUCUGAGCUCGGUCGGCACACCGGAGUCGCUGUCCAGUGCCGAUUCGCCCGGAUUUAAUUUUAGGAAUGUAGAUAGUCCAUCACCCAGUCGUGCAAUGCCACCGGAACCGAUGAUCGUCACCAAAGGCGAUCACGACAUGAACGAAAGUCCUAGUUAAAUUGAUUGGUUUUUUGGUGGAAUUUUGUGUUAGGAUGCAAUGCGGUUGGUACUGAUGAAAUCAGAAAGUUAUUGAAAAAUAUUUUUUUAAUCGGCAAGUUCGACUAAUUGAUAAACGAAUUAUUUAUAGACUAGUCGGUUGUUUUGACUAGCAAAAAGGGGCGCCAAUUAAACUUUAAUAAAAAAUUAUUUCACUUUGAAAAACUGACAUGACGCCAACUUUGAUAUUCUAUUUUUGGUUUACAAAUAGUACGGGAGCAGAAACAAAACGAUAAAUAAGUAAAUGAUAGAAACUGCGCAGUUUGCGAAUUUUAUAAUUAUCUUAAUUUUUACGACAAAAAUAGAUAGAUAAGGUUUACGAACAGGGUAACCAAUUUGUUGUUACAGUUUCCUGUAAAAUGGCGCCCUUCCAAAAUGUGAUGUUUUUCAAUAACUCCCAUUUUUAUAUUCAUCUACAGGCUGUUCCGUCUAAACCCCACAUUAGAAGUAUUGGAAGUUCUAAUAAUGAUAGUUAUUUUUUCAUAUUUACAACCAUAAUCUGUUAAGUCCAGAUCAAUGAUGGUUAAAGAUGCAAAAACCAAAAAUUUUCAAAAAAUCCAAAAUAUUUCAAAAACGGCUAAAUUUACGUGUAGAGAAAGCUGAUGAGUAAUGAAAGUCCCCUUGAAGUAAUUCAUGUUAUCUAAAAACGUUGUAAAAGCAUCUUGCCAUUUAAAAUAAGAAACAACACGUUAUAAUUUUCAGAUAAAUAUGAUUAUCAAAACUUUAAUACUUGUAAUGUGCGGUUUAGUCGGAGCAGCGUGUAUAAGAGUACGAUGUUAAUAUAAAAUUCUCUAGUCUAUAGUUGUAAUGUGGAAUAAGUUAGUGUCUAAAAAUGAACAAUGUGAAGACUCUGCAAGGUGCUAAAAUACUGACGUUUUCAGUAAAUUUUGUUGUUUCUUCCUUCUGAUAUUUAAAGUCCGUUAUUGUGGAUUUGCAAUUUCGCUGAAACUAACUCAGUUCUUGCCCUACUCACUUAAAAAACGAUGUCAGAACUAGUGGGUACAUCAGGAAUGUUUCUUCUUCCACUCUGUGUAAUUACGGAAAAUGACUAUUGUAUAUUUUCUAGUGGUAGUGCCUCACUGUUCUAAUCAUUUUGAUACAUAGUUAGGAACAAUAUAGACUGACGAUUUAUAGCUUAGUUCUCGUUAAAUUCAGCCAACUCCUUGGUAUAUCUGUGUACAUAGUCCCCUUGUUGGCCAAUUAAAUUGUUAAUAUAUUAUGCAAAGUGAUUUCACAAAUCAUAAAUAUAUCAUAUUACGACUGA